AUGAAAAGGAGACGCAGUUUACGUACGACCCGGACCAAUAGUCUGUGGAUAGAUUUUGUGUAUAAUUUUUUAUUUUAUUGUUGGAUUUUAAGUUAUUUACUAGUUGAUGUUAAUGCCGAGGUCGGCAUAGGUUGCCCACCCUCAGAAGCCAUACUACCCUGUCGCUGUUCAUUGAGGGGCAAGGAAAUACAAAUAUGGUGCUCACACAGUAAUUUACCCCAAAUAAUGGACGGCAUCAAAGCAGUCGAACGGAAUAUUAAAGGAGCCAUCGAUGAACUAGUGCUCGAAAACAAUCAACUACCUGCCCUGCCGGGCCGUUUCUUUGGUUCUCUACAAAUAGUGCGGCUAAUGUUGCGUUACAACAGCAUUGAAAGGGUGUCAAAUGGUUGGCUCAAUGAACUGGAAAACUCAUUGGUAGAAAUUUAUAUUGUGGAGCCACAGUUAAGAAGUAUACCGGUCGAAAGUUUAAAUGGCAUGAUCAACAUGGUGGCUAUUACCAUACAAAGUGAUGAACUAAAACAUUUGCCAGACUUUUCGGGUCUACUGAGUUUGACGUACUUGAGUGUUCAAAGUAAAUCAUUGACAGAGUUGCAAUCUCAUUGGUUUAGACACUUGCCGAAAUUGCAAAAUAUACACAUUACUGGGGGAGAACAUUUGAAUCGUUUGGAAAACGGUUUAUUUGAUGGUCUAAUAUCGUUAAAGAACUUGGAUCUAAGUAGGAAUGGCAUAAAUUGGAUACAUUUGAGGGCAUUGGCAAGAUUACCGAACUUGGUGAGUUUGAAAUUGUCCUACAAUCAAAUCAGUGAUGUAGGUAUGAUUGGGCGCAUAAUAAAGGAUUUGGAGAAUUUAAAAAAGUUACGCUUGGAUCAUAAUAUAAUCAAUAUCAUAGAGGAUGGCUCAUUUGUGGACCUGCCGCAUUUGAGUGAGCUGCACUUGAAUGACAAUCGUGUUACCGAAAUAGAAUAUGGAGCUUUUCUGCGUACGCCCAUGUUGAAAACAAUAUAUCUACAUAACAAUCAUAUUAAGAGAAUUCAUCCGGAAUCUUUUUUGCAAGCCUCAGGCAGUGGGGUGGAAACCAUGUAUUUGUAUAAUAAUGAGAUAGAACAUGUUACGGAGUUGAGAUCUAUGUUGGAAGCUUUGCCGGCCUUGAAAUUUUUGGAUAUAAGUAAUAAUUUUUUGAGAGAUAUACAUUUUGGUGCUUUGCGUGGCCAUGGCACUUUGGAACAGCUGCAUGUGAACAAUAAUCUACUGAGAAAUAUUGAAAGAGAUGCUUUAAUGGCGAUGCCCGCUUUAAGGGAGCUGCGUUUGAGAAACAACAGUUUGUCCCAUGAAUUGUCAAUGCCAUUUUGGAAUUUGCCCGGUCUAAAGGGUUUGGAUUUGUCUUUAAAUAAUUUUAGAUCCGUAGACUCAUUUUUGUUGGCUGGUUUACCCUCUUUGAGACGUUUGGAUUUGAGUGAAAAUGGUUUAAAUAAAUUGGAUCCUACGACCUUUAUACACAAUGCCAUGUUGGAAACUUUAAAUAUAUCGGCCAAUGAAUUGGUUUUGGUGCAUCCAGCUACUUUUCGCAAUUUGGAUCGUUUGUUCGAGGUGGAUUGUAGUUUCAAUCAAUUAUUGGAAAUCAUACCAGGACUGCCAAAAAUUGUGGAAAGAAUUUCGGUGCGUGGAAAUUUGAUAUCCAAUCUUCCUCAAUUGGCUAGUAAAACUAUGAAUUUGCCAAAUUUAAGAAUGUUGGACUUGAGUCUCAAUCGUUUAGAACAUUUGCCCAAAUAUGCCUUUCAGGGCACCGUGCAAUUAAGGGUGCUUAGUUUAGCCAAUAAUCGUUUAAGAACUUUGGAUGAUACGGCCUUCAUAGGUGCCAAUCGCUUAGAAUUGCUGCAUUUACAGGAAAAUCAAUUAAUGAAUAUAGAUGAACGUAGCUUGCUGCCUUUAUCGGAGUUAAGGAAUCUUAAUUUACAUGCCAAUAAAUUGGCUAUUAUAACCGAUAAUUUGCUUUCGAAUAAUAGCAAACUGGAACAAUUGGAUUUGUCCCAUAAUAAUAUACGAUCCAUAGCCCCAUCAGCAUUUGAGUCUCAAAAAUCUCUGGAAUAUUUAGAUCUAUCGGGCAAUGCUUUGACUGAUAUGUCCAUAUCUUUAGCAAACUUAUUAAAUUUAAAAGAUAUUGACCUCAGCUACAAUCAAAUCUCCCAUAUCCAUAGCGAGGUAAUUACGGCUUGGCGCCAGGUGCUUGAAAUACGUCUAUCUAAUAAUUUAAUUACGGAACUUAAACGUGGCUCUUUCCGUAACUUGGUGAAAUUACAAUACUUAGAUUUAUCUAGUAAUGAAAUUAGUGUUGUGGAACCUGGAGCUCUAAAAAAUCUGCCAGAUCUUCAGGAGUUCGUUUUAGCCGACAACAAGCUGUCCGAAUUAAAAGAUCAUGUCUUUGAAGAUUUGCCCAAUUUAUUGGCUUCACAUUUUCAAUACAAUAAUCUACGUUUUAUAUCGUCGGAAAGCUUUUUCAAUUCACCCUCUAUGGUGUUCUUGAAUUUAUCAAAUAAUCAUUUUCGCAAUAUGGAAAAUAUUGGUCUGCGUACAAUGCGCAAUUUGGAAGUGCUGGACUUGUCAACUAACGGCGUUAAAAUGGUGUCAACAAUGCCUUUGAAAUCCUUGAAUUGGUUGGUGGAAUUGAAAAUGGAUAAUAAUGAAAUAUGUAAAAUUCAGGGUUCUCCAUUUGAAACGAUGCCUCGCUUGAGAGUUUUAUCCAUGCGUAAUAAUCGUUUGCGCACUAUUAAGGAGAGGACAUUUCGAAACUUGAGAGGCAAUAUAGCCAUUAUAGAUAUGGAUGGCAAUCCCAUAGAUUGUUCCUGUGAAAUGCAAUGGCUUUCGGUAUGGCUGCAGGAAACAAAUUUCCCCUAUCCUGGACCCAAAUGCCAAGAUGGUCGUCUUCUAAGAAUGUCACGCAUUGAUAAAAACUUGUGCAACAACUAUGACGACAACAAUCCACGAAAUGGUGGAGCUUACAGCGAAGGUGAAAGUACAAAUCAUCUGCCACUGCUUAACGAACACGGUGAUAUAUUCCAAAGAGAUUUACACGAUGAAUAUAGCGAGGAAUGUGAUGCCUAUGAAACGCCAAUUGGAGAAAGACCUUUGGCCGGGGAAAGUGAAUAUUUUUAUGAUCAAUAUGUAGACUAUCCACCUGCCAACGAGACAGCGGUUUCGCAACAACACGAACACUCCUCUUCGGGCACACACAUCGCCACCACUAAUACCGUACUGAAUCUGCACAGAAAACCAGUGGUUGCUACCCCGAUUAGCUCAAACAUAGACUUGAACAAUACAAUUUUGAAUACCAACUAUUUCAAAAAGAAACCGGGCACUCCCUAUUCUUCAUCUUCGCCAUUUACCUUUUUUGGUUAUCCCAUACCUAGUUUGAGUUUGGGAAGAUUUUUUGGAGCCAAUCAACGAGGACGUAAAGAUAGGGGUGAUUAUGGCAUGACGGCUGCCUCAUCCACUAUAACGACUACUAGUGAAAUGCCGGCUACGCACCGCAUGCAUACCGGAUCGGGCAAAGUGCGCAUGUAUCAACCCAAUAGUGCUGAAUUUGAGAAAUAUCUUAAGGAUAAAGACGAGGCGGCGGAGGAUUCUCAAUAUGCAGAUGCCAAUGGCCGUAAAAGAUUCAUGGAAAUAUCCUCAGACGAGACCUCGGCCAGUUCGGAGAAUCCAUCUAGUGUUUUUAAAACAGGCUUUAGGGUACCAACUAGUGUAGAGAGAGGAGGUUUUAAGCCUAUAGUACCCGAAAAUAAUGGCGGCUUUAUGCCGGUGCAUGAUCCAUCAAAAAGGAGAGGCAUAGUGGAAGUGGCUUCGCCUUCAUCGAAAAUUGAUAAAACAAAUCGCUUAAGUCAAGACUAUGAAAAAUCCUUGAACACAUUUAAGCAAAAAAUACCGCCAACAACAACUGAAUCUUCCAUGAGCGAAGAAAUUGAGUCACACACAUAUUAUGUCACCGAGGCGUCUACGGAAGAGACAACAACUUAUCGUCCAACAAUACGUAACACCAUUAAUACCACACGAAAACCUUCAACGCCCCUCAUGAAACCAUUCACCACAACGUCUACAACCACCACUAGUACAACUAGCAUGCCUACGACUUCUAAGGCGCCCCUCACCACUCCCAGGGAUUCUUAUGAAUCCGAGCUAUAUGAUGACGAUCUGGAAGCCCAAUCAGUAGGCAUGAUGAAACCACCACCUCUUAUACAGACCACAACAUCUGAAACCAUAUUACUAAUACCACCACCCGAAGAGUUGGUUGAACAAAUCAAAAGACAAUCAUGGAUCCAUACUACACCCAAACAAGAUUCUCAAGAAUCGAAUAACUAUCUCACAACCAUUACAACAUCCAGCACCACUACUACAAGCACAACCACAGCACCUGAUACCAUUACUUACACUACAACAACCACAAUUCCCCUACCCUACCUACCACGUCCGGGUGGUGCAGCACGAUCAACCAUAACAAAAGUCUAUACACCACAAACCUUAAAUCAGCACUUACCCACGGCUGAGGAAUACCAAAGGACAACGCCCAGUCUUUCAUCUAAAGCGUAUCAAACCGAAGAACCUCAACUAACGGCAAAUGCCCAAAAACGCGAUGAACCCAUCGAUCGCAAAGAUGGCAUGGACUGGUAUUAUGAGAGUUUUAAAAAAACUCGUACAAGUGGUGCGAUAAAACCGGUUUUUAGCGACUCUAGUUCUCUGAGAAGUUCAGCAGUUAGAGGAAGUUUAUCCAUUUAUCUAGUUUUAAUUUGUUUGAGUGUUUUGACCAUGGCGUAA